AGUUGGUAUUUAUGUUAAAUGUUGAUUUAUUUCUCAACACUACAAUUUUUCAAUAUUUGAGUUGUGAUUUCCUUUCGUUUUAUUUACAAAAUAGAUUUAUCUAAGAAAAUGUCGUCGUUAAGUGUCGAUAAUUCAAACAAGUCCACUAUGACCAUUCCAAGUCCUUUAAUAACGCGAAGAACUCGAACAGCAUCCAUGAGCGAGAGAGCGUUGCAAAGUCCGGAGAUGUCUGGCGCUAUUAAGAGUUUUUGUCGGGAGAAGGGCCACGGUUUCGUUACACCGGCGACAGGUGGCGACGAUAUCUUCGUCCAUGUAUCAGAUGUCGAAGGGGAAUAUGUUCCGUUACCCGGAGACGUUGUGAAAUAUAGGUUGUGUCCAAUACCGCCGAAAAUGGAAAAGUACCAAGCCGUGCACGUACAUAUCACGAAUUUAACGCCGGAAGUACACAAAAAAUGGGAGUUUUGCUAAAUCUUUUUACUUUUAUAAUUUUAAAUGUAUCGUAGGUGGAGGUAUCACAAUUGGAGCGACUAAUAAAAUUGUAUGUUGCCAUAUUUGUUAUACCUAUAAGGUGAUGUUAUAGUUUAUUGUAUCAUUCCUGUUAGUAAACCAUAGUUUUAUUUGUAUGGUGCUAAUAAAUGUACUAAUAUCAUGUA